UUUAUUUUUCUCCGACAAAAUCGCUAUCCAUCCCUGACCGACUGAUUGGCUCGGCUGGUCGAUGCUGAUUAUUUAUUGGCGAAGCCCGAUCUCUCUUGCACUCACUGUUAGCUGGCCCGGCCGGCCUCCUUUCGCUGCACACACACACCGGCGCCGCUUCCCUUCGCCUUCGCGUGCUCCGAUGGCGACGCCGUUGACGGCAGCUAAUUGCUAUCCACCCCUGACGAUUCUCCUCCUCGUCGUCUUCCUCCCCCUGGCCGUCGCCUCGACGAGGGGCGAUAGCGGCGGCGGCGGCGGGUACGACGUCGUGUCGGUGACCCAGUCGGGGAGCGCUCUGUCGGCGCGGCUGGAGCUUGCGCUCGCCGACGAGACGCCGGUGGACGCGGCGGUCGGGACUGGUGUCCAGAGGCUCCGCCUCACUGCAAGGCAAGUGUGUUGUGGAUAUGAUACGAUACGAUCCAUCCAUGCGUAGGCAGCCAGUUAACUAGGAUUUGGAAGCAUGGCGACUUGAUGAGCCUUAGCUUCAUGAUCUGCUAAAUAGACCGGUCGAAAGCGCCGUGCUGUGUCAGUUCAGCAGACCAGUGUCCUUCCUCUGAAGAAACCAAGGAUCUGUUUUAUUUAUUUUUCUCCGACAAAAUCGCUAUCCAUCCCUGACCGACUGAUUGGCUCGGCUGGUCGAUGCUGAUUAUUUAUUGGCGAAGCCCGAUCUCUCUUGCACUCACUGUUAGCUGGCCCGGCCGGCCUCCUUUCGCUGCACACACACACCGGCGCCGCUUCCCUUCGCCUUCGCGUGCUCCGAUGGCGACGCCGUUGACGGCAGCUAAUUGCUAUCCACCCCUGACGAUUCUCCUCCUCGUCGUCUUCCUCCCCCUGGCCGUCGCCUCGACGAGGGGCGAUAGCGGCGGCGGCGGCGGGUACGACGUCGUGUCGGUGACCCAGUCGGGGAGCGCUCUGUCGGCGCGGCUGGAGCUUGCGCUCGCCGACGAGACGCCGGUGGACGCGGCGGUCGGGACUGGUGUCCAGAGGCUCCGCCUCACUGCAAGCCUCGAGACGGACAGCCGGCUGCGCGUGCGCAUCACCGACGCGGACCACCCGCGAUGGGAGGUGCCGCAGGACAUCCUCCCGCGCCCGGCGCCGGAGGACGUCCUCCACGACGCGCCGCCCGCCUCCUCGACGCCGCUCCAGGGCAGCCGCGUCCUGUCCGCCACGGGGUCCGACCUCGUCCUCACCGUCCACGCCUCCCCGUUCCGCUUCACCGUGUCCCGCCGCUCCACCGGCGACGUCCUCUUCGACACCGCCCCCGGCCUCGUCUUCCGGGACAAGUACCUGGAGGUGACGUCGGCGCUGCCGGCCGGCCGGGCGUCGCUGUACGGGCUGGGCGAGCAGACGAAGCGCUCGUUCCGGCUGCGGCACAACGACACCUUCACGCUCUGGAACGCGGACAUCGGCGCGGCCUACGUGGACGUCAACCUCUACGGCUCGCACCCCUUCUACAUGGACGUGCGGCCGCCGGGGACCGCGCACGGCGUGCUCCUGCUCAGCAGCAACGGCAUGGACGUGCUCUACGGCGGGUCCUACCUCACCUACAAGGUCAUUGGCGGCGUCCUCGACUUCUACUUCUUCGCCGGCCCCUCGCCGCUCGCCGUCGUCGACCAGUACACCCAGCUCAUCGGCCGCCCUGCCCCCAUGCCGUACUGGUCCUUCGGGUUCCACCAGUGCCGGUACGGGUACCUGAACGUGUCUGACCUGGAGCGCGUGGUGGCCGGCUACGCCAAGGCCAGGAUCCCGCUGGAGGUGAUGUGGACGGACAUCGACUACAUGGACGGGUUCAAGGACUUCACCCUGGACCGCGUCAACUUCACCGCCGCCGAGCUCCGGCCGUUCGUCGACCGGCUUCACCGGAACGCCCAGAAAUACGUCCUCAUCCUAGACCCAGGGAUCCGCAUCGACGCGACGUACGGGACGUUCGUCCGCGGGAUGCAGCAGGACAUCUUCCUGAAGCGGAACGGCACCAACUUCCUCGGCAACGUGUGGCCGGGCGACGUCUACUUCCCGGACUUCAUGCACCCGCGCUCCGCCGAGUUCUGGGCGCGGGAGAUCUCCCUCUUCCGCCGGACCAUCCCCGUCGACGGGCUGUGGAUCGACAUGAACGAGAUCUCCAACUUCUACAACCCGGAGCCGAUGAACGCGCUCGACGACCCGCCCUACCGGAUCAACAACCACGGCGACCACCGCCCCAUCAACAACAAGACGGUGCCGGCCUCCGCCGUGCACUACGGCGGCGUCACCGAGUACGACGCGCACAACCUCUUCGGCCUCCUCGAGGCCCGCGCCACGCACCGCGCGCUGCUGAGGGACACCGGCCGCCGCCCCUUCGUGCUCAGCAGGUCCACCUUCGUCGGCUCCGGCCGGUACACGGCGCACUGGACUGGCGACAACGCCGCGACGUGGGGCGACCUCCGCUACUCCAUCAACACCAUGCUCAGCUUCGGCCUGUUCGGCAUGCCCAUGAUCGGCGCCGACAUCUGCGGCUUCAACAACAACACGACAGAGGAGCUCUGCCGUCGGUGGAUCCAGCUCGGCGCCUUCUACCCGUUCUCGAGGGACCACUCGGCGAUCUUCACCGUCCGGCGAGAGCUGUACCUGUGGCCGUCGGUGGCGGCGUCGGCGAGGAAGGCGCUCGGGCUCCGGUACCAGCUGCUGCCUUACUUCUACACGCUCAUGUACGAGGCGCACACGACGGGGGCGCCCAUCGCGCGGCCGCUCUUCUUCUCCUACCCGCAAGACGUCGCCACGUACAGCGUGGACAGGCAGUUCCUGCUCGGCCGCGGCGUGCUCGUCUCGCCGGUGCUCGAGCCGGGCGCCACCACCGUCAACGCCUACUUCCCCGCCGGCCGGUGGUUCAGCCUCUACGACUACUCCCUCACCGUCGCAACGAAGACCGGUCAGCACGUCACGCUCCCGGCGCCGGCCGACACGGUGAACGUGCACGUGGCCGGCGGCACCAUCCUGCCGCUGCAGCAGAGCGCGCUGACGACGUCGCGCGCGCGCCGGACCGCGUUCCACCUCCUGGUCGCGCUCGCGGAGGACGGCACGGCCAGCGGGGACCUUUUCCUGGACGACGGCGAGUCGCCGGAGAUGGGCGGUAGAAGCGAUUGGAGCCUGGUAAAGUUCAGCUGCGCGACGGGGAGCGACGGGGCCAUCAAAGUGAGGUCGGAGGUGGUGCACAACUCGUACGCACAGAGCAGGACGCUGGUGAUCAGCAAGGUGGUGCUCAUGGGCCACCGGUCGCCCGCGGCGCCGAAGAAGCUCACCGUCCACGUCAACGGCGCGGAGGUGGAUGCGAGCUCGCCAGCCGGCACACGGUACCAGAACGCAGGAGGACUCGGCGGCGUCGCCCACAUCGGCGGGCUGUCACAGGUCGUCGGGGAGGAGUUCGAGCUGAAGGUCGCCAUGUCCUAUUAAGAUUUAGGCAAUUUGUGAUUUGGAGCAUAACAUUAAUUGAAUAAAGAAGACGAGAAAUUAAAGCCCAGAUGAAUGGCUUCAAUUCGAAAAUGAGGAUAUAAUGGCAUGUUUCUGACGGUUUUUUUUU